CUUCUUCCAUCAUCUUCAAACACAACUUCUGCAACCAGACAGAAACCCCUUCUACUUGCUCUUUCACUUCGUGUCCAAAUACCAUCACCGCCCACUUCUAUUAUUACUUCUAUACUUCAAAGCAAACCAAAGGAAGAUGGUGACUGUGUCGGAGAUCCGUCAGGCUCAAAGGGCAGAAGGCCCAGCAACCAUCCUUGCCAUCGGAACUGCAACCCCACCAAACUGUGUAGAUCAGAGCACAUAUCCCGACUACUACUUCAGAAUCACAAACAGCGAGCACAUGACCGACCUCAAGGAGAAGUUCCAGCGCAUGUGCGACAAGUCUAUGAUCAAGAAGAGAUAUAUGCACGUGACGGAGGAGGUCCUGAAGGAGAAUCCUAACAUGUGCACUUACAUGGCACCUUCUUUGGAUGCCAGGCAAGACAUAGUGGUCGUAGAGGUACCAAAGCUCGGAAAAGAGGCUGCGGUGAAGGCCAUUAAGGAGUGGGGGCAGCCAAAGUCAAAGAUUACACACUUGAUCUUUUGCACCACCAGUGGCGUGGACAUGCCUGGUGCUGAUUACCAGCUCACCAAACUCCUCGGACUUCGCCCCUAUGUGAAGAGGUACAUGAUGUACCAACAGGGGUGCUUUGCGGGAGGCACGGUUCUUCGAUUGGCUAAGGAUUUGGCCGAGAACAACAAGGGUGCCCGUGUGCUUGUCGUGUGUUCUGAGAUCACUGCAGUCACCUUCCGUGGCCCAAGUGACACCCACUUGGACAGUCUUGUCGGACAGGCACUCUUUGGAGAUGGAGCAGCUGCGGUGAUCGUUGGUUCUGAUCCAAUUCCACAGAUUGAGAAACCAUUGUUUGAACUGGUUUGGACUGCACAGACCAUUGCUCCAGACAGCGAAGGUGCUAUUGAUGGACACCUUCGUGAAGUUGGACUCACCUUUCACCUCCUUAAGGAUGUUCCCGGGAUUGUCUCAAAGAACAUUGGGAAGGCACUUUCUGAGGCCUUCAACCCAUUGAACAUCUCUGAUUACAACUCCAUAUUCUGGAUUGCACACCCUGGUGGGCCUGCAAUUCUUGACCAAGUUGAGCAAAAGUUGGGUCUGAAACCAGAAAAGAUGAAGGCCACUAGAGAUGUGCUGAGUGACUAUGGGAACAUGUCAAGUGCAUGUGUGUUAUUCAUAUUGGAUGAGAUGAGGAGGAAAUCAGCUGAAAAUGGACUCAAAACAACAGGUGAAGGACUUGAAUGGGGUGUCUUGUUUGGUUUUGGACCUGGACUUACCAUUGAGACCGUUGUUCUCCAUAGUGUGGAGAUAUAUGAGUUCUAUCAUAGUCCUGUCACUUGCUGUCCAAAUUCCAUCAUCAACAUCACCGGCAAAGGAAAGAUGGUGAGUGUUUCGGAGAUCCGCCAAGCUCAAAGGGCAGAAGGCCCAGCAACCAUCCUUGCCAUUGGAACUGCAACUCCACCUAACUGUGUUGAUCAGAGCACCUAUCCCGACUACUACUUCAGAAUCACAAACAGCGAGCACAUGACCGACCUCAAGGAGAAGUUCCAGCGCAUGUGCGACAAGUCUAUGAUCAAGAAGAGAUACAUGCACGUGACGGAGGAGGUCCUGAAGGAAAAUCCUAACAUGUGUGCUUACAUGGCACCUUCUUUGGAUGCGAGGCAGGACAUAGUGGUGGUAGAGGUACCAAAGCUCGGGAAAGAGGCUGCAGUGAAGGCCAUAAAGGAGUGGGGGCAGCCAAAGUCAAAGAUUACUCACUUGAUCUUUUGCACGACUAGUGGUGUGGACAUGCCUGGUGCUGAUUACCAGCUCACCAAACUCCUCGGACUUCGCCCCUAUGUGAAGAGGUACAUGAUGUACCAACAGGGGUGCUUUGCAGGAGGCACGGUUCUUCGAUUGGCUAAGGAUUUGGCCGAGAACAAUAAGGGUGCCCGUGUGCUUGUCGUGUGUUCUGAGAUCACUGCAGUCACCUUCCGUGGCCCAAGUGACACCCACUUAGACAGUCUUGUCGGACAGGCACUCUUUGGAGACGGAGCAGCUGCUGUGAUAGUCGGUUCUGACCCAAUUCCACAGAUUGAGAAGCCAUUGUUUGAGCUGGUUUGGACUGCACAGACCAUUGCUCCAGACAGUGAGGGUGCCAUUGAUGGCCACCUUCGUGAAGUUGGACUCACCUUUCACCUCCUUAAGGAUGUUCCCGGGAUUGUCUCAAAGAACAUUGGGAAGGCACUUUCUGAGGCCUUCAACCCAUUGAACAUCUCUGAUUACAACUCCAUAUUCUGGAUUGCACACCCUGGUGGGCCUGCAAUUCUUGACCAAGUUGAGCAAAAGUUGGGUCUGAAACCAGAAAAGAUGAAGGCCACUAGAGAUGUGCUGAGUGACUAUGGGAACAUGUCAAGUGCAUGUGUGUUAUUCAUAUUGGAUGAGAUGAGGAGGAAAUCAGCUGAAAAUGGACUCAAAACAACAGGUGAAGGACUUGAAUGGGGUGUCUUGUUCGGUUUUGGACCAGGACUUACCAUCGAGACCGUUGUUCUCCACAGUGUCGCAAUAUAACAACGUCAACAAACUCUAUUAUUUCCUCGGGUGUUUUACCCCUGAAAGAUUUUAGCUUUAACUUUUUUUUUCUCAAAGUAAUAAUUGUAUUUAUAAUGCUGAAAUAAAAAGUUAUUGUUUUUCUUUUU